GAAGAUUUAUAAAACGUAACAACUUCCUGUGGGGAAAAAACAACUUUGACAUUGGCCUUAUUUUUAACCGUCAAACAUGGGUUCACUUACUUUAAACUCUUUAAAACAAUUAAUGAGAGCGAUGGUUGACAACCCGGGAUUUGACAGAGUCUUGAGUAAGGUGGAUGUUGUGUCUGCGAGUCCCGGGAAGGUGGUGUGUGAGAUGCGGGUGGAUGAGGAGCACACUAACCGAGGAGGGACGAUGCACGGCGGGAUGACAGCCACCCUGGUAGACGUCAUUUCCACCAUGGCCAUUAUGUACAGCGACAGAGGAGCCCCAGGGGUCAGCGUGGACAUGAAUAUAACAUACAUGAAUGCUGCCAAGAUGGGGGAAGACGUGCUCAUCACUGCACAAGUCCUGAAGCAGGGGAGAACGCUGGCAUUUGCAACUGUAGAUCUCACCAGCAAAGCCACAGGGAAGCUUAUUGCACAAGGAAGACAUACAAAACACCUCGGCAGCAGCUAGGGCGUCCCUCCUAGUGGACGUUGUACAAUAUGCAUUAAAAAUGUGGGAUUCUUAAAGUGGAGACGUUUGCAGAAAAAGGUUCUGCCUUUACUUUCACAA